GAUGCCCAUCUGUCAACCGAAACCGACCCAUGUCCGCUCUCAGGAAUAUACGAUCAUGCUGUAUUGAGUGCAGCUUGACAGCAUCAGCGUGUUGUUCCACAGACAUGCACGCUUCCAUCCGCGAUCCACGUAGUCUGAUGUCGUAUCGGAAGUGGAUAUCAAGCUUUGGCUUUCCUCGUGUACGAAGACCUGACCAACGUAACGAUCAACGCGGUACCUGCUCAAUGUGCUAUGGAAGCCGGAUAUAUGGCCACGACCCAAGUGACGCAGGAGGAGAUCGCAGCGUUGCAGAAUACAUUCGCUACGAAUUGCUGCACCAUAGCGAGCCUCGCGCUAUAUGUGUAUGAUCGGACCACUAGCAUUGGUCAAGAGGUCGAAGUCGUGUGGCUGCGAAGAAAAUCAUACGUCAUUGUCCUCUAUACAUGCAUGCAUCUAUUCGCCUUCGCAUCGAUGUUCAUAGCAACGCUACUUGCGUUGUAUUCGGGGCCCUGUGAAGUUCACCAUCCGGACAAAGUGACUGACCGCUACACUGACCCAGUGCAUACUCCAUAUACAUUUUCUACGUUGCUGUUGGAGGAGCAUGUCAUCACGGCAUUACGUGCACUAGCCAUCGAUGGUCGAGAACGGCGUAUUCCUCUCCUCAUCGUGCUGCUUUCCAUUUAG